AUGGCAGACCAGCUCAACAUGAACGGAUUGUCUCUCAAGGACUCGCAGCACGCUCCGCAGCAGAAUGGCUUCGGUGAGCGCUCUGCUUACAUCCCACCACACAUGAGGGGAGCACCUCGCGCCGGCGGUCCUGCUGGCCCACCCCCAGGCGGCUUUGAAGAUGGCCCCGGCGGACCUCCAGCCGCUCAAGGCAUGAACGGCAGCGCUUGGGCGCCUCAAGGCAACGGCUACCCUACCGGCCCACCACGCGGCAACAACUGGAACGCUGGUGCCCAGACCUUCACUCCCCGCACAGGCCAAGCCAACAACUGGGACAACUCGCCUCAGAUGCCUCGUGGCUUCGACCGCAACGCAUACGGCGGCUCCGGUGGUGGCUCCGGCGGCCGCCAGGGCACAGGCGCAGGAGAUGGGCAGUGGAGAGAUGGCAAGCACAUCCCGGGUCCCUCGAACCCUCGCGUCGAGCGUGAGCUGUUCGGUGACCCCAACGAUCCCUCGAAGCAGGCCAGCGGUAUCAACUUCGAGAAGUACGACGACAUCCCUGUUGAGGCUUCCGGUCAAGGCGUGCCAGAGCCAGUGACGACCUUCACAAACCCACCUCUCGAUGACCACCUCAUCAGCAACAUCGAGAUGGCUGGCUACAAGGUCCCGACACCUGUGCAGAAGUACUCUAUCCCGAUUGUCAUGUCUGGCCGUGAUCUCAUGGCUUGUGCUCAGACAGGUUCAGGCAAGACUGGUGGAUUCCUUUUCCCAAUCCUGUCCCAGGCUUAUCAGCACGGCCCGGCCAAUGCAGCCCCUCAACAAGGUGGCUUCUCUCGUCAGCGCAAGGCGUACCCAACGUCACUCAUCCUCGCCCCGACGCGUGAGUUGGUCUCUCAGAUCCACGACGAGGCUCGCAAGUUUGCCUAUCGCUCGUGGGUGAAGCCUUGCGUGGUCUACGGUGGCGCCGAUAUCGGCUCGCAGCUUCGCCAGAUUGAGCGCGGCUGUGAUUUGCUCGUUGCUACCCCUGGUCGUCUUGUGGAUCUGAUCGAGAGAGGCAGGAUCUCGCUUGCUAACAUCAAGUACCUCAUUCUCGAUGAGGCCGACCGCAUGCUUGACAUGGGUUUCGAGCCUCAAAUUCGCCGGAUCGUGGAAGGUGAGGACAUGCCGCGCACGGAUAACCGCCAAACGCUCAUGUUUUCUGCCACUUUCCCACGCGACAUUCAGAUGCUCGCUCGCGACUUCCUUCGAGAGUAUAUCUUCCUCUCGGUUGGACGUGUCGGUUCGACCUCUGAGAACAUCACCCAGAAGAUCGAGUACGUCGAGGACGCCGACAAGCGUAGCGUGCUUCUAGAUAUCCUGCACACCCACGGUGCUGGGUUGACCCUGAUCUUCGUCGAGACUAAGCGCAUGGCCGACACGCUCUCUGACUUCCUCAUCAACCAAGGCUUCCCUGCCACUUCUAUUCACGGCGACCGCACCCAGCGUGAGCGUGAGCGUGCUCUCGACAUGUUCAGGAACGGACGCUGCCCUAUUCUGGUUGCUACAGCCGUUGCCGCUCGUGGUCUCGACAUCCCCAACGUCAAGCACGUUGUCAACUACGAUCUGCCCACCGACAUCGACGACUAUGUCCAUCGUAUCGGUCGUACUGGUCGUGCCGGCAACACCGGUAUCUCGACUGCCUUCUUCAACCGUGGCAACCGUGGCGUCGUGCGUGACCUUCUCGAUCUGCUCAAGGAGGCCAAUCAGGAAGUCCCAAGCUUCCUCGAGACCAUCGCGCGCGAGAGCUCAGGCUUUGGUGGUGGUGGAAGCAGCCGAGGCGGUCGUUCUGGUGGUCGCGGCCGUGGUUCUGCCGCCAUGAAGGAUGUGCGCUCCUUCGGCGGUGGUCAGCGUCCAGCCUAUGCCGGCAGCAUGGGUAUGGGUGGUGGUGGAUACGGUGGCGGCAUGGGAGGCGGUUACGGCGGCCAACAAGGCGGCGGCGGCGGCGGCUACGGCAUGGGUGGUGGUGGAAUGGGUGGCGGCAGCUACGGCAACCCCAGCGGCCCUGGCGCCAACAGCUGGUGGUAG